GAAAAGUGCUAUUUACAAGUCAAAGCGCUACUUGAGGUCAAGUGAUAUGUUGGCACGCCCUAAACUAAAGCAAUCAGUUUGUAAAUAGGUCCGUCAGUCAUUACAGUCGUUGUCACCUUGUUAGUUAUGAAGUUUAUACAUGGUGAUUCCUGCGAUUGUGAUAUUAAAACUGUGUUUGGAUUUGACAUACCCAACUGUAUUAACAUGAAUGUCACACCAGGAAGCAAGGCGAAGAACCUCGUUCCAUUCGCAAUCGAGGCAUAUCGUGAUGAAUCGACAAAGUCUGUUAUAUGGUGGAGCAAACAUGGUGCUGUGGCGAAAACGGUCGCAUGUAGUGAGAUGUUCAAAAGAAAUAUUUCCAAAUCGGUCCCAUCAGGUGAACUCAAAAUGUAUCAAUGCAGCCGUUUGUAUCUUCAAUUCUGCAAAUGUUCAGUCCCGGAUACAACCAUAAAGUGCACAUUGGAGGAACCGGCUAUUGCAAUUUUGUUUUCUAAACACCCACUCUCAUGUGAAGAUACUCAACUGCCUGUUGAUUUCGGUGGAAGUAGUUUUGCAAACUUUGUGGACAAAGGAAGAACGUCUGAAGUGAAUUUAGCUAAUCCACCCAGCCGCUGUCGCCUGUCUCGUACUAUACGGAAGAAACGUGAUGUUUUUCGUGGACCUGGUACAUCUCAACCGAAACCUACCGUGAAUGAUUCUGCAGAAAAUACAGAUUUUUCAAAUUUCCCCUACCAAACACCUCGCCUUGCCCCAGCACUUUCAAAUGUGAACAAAGUAUUAAAAUCUAAAAAACUUCAAAGAAAACGUAAAAGACAAAUGGAAUCUCAAUGAUUUAUUAUCCAAUGAUUGUUUUGUUGCUGAUUUAUCCUGAGUAUAUUUAUGGUUGUUAUGUGAGCUACUUUUGUACAUAAAGUUUAGAGAAGAUAGAGGUAUACCUUACAUUGUAUUCAUUAAUUGGAUAUAAUGAAUAAUAGAAUACAUUGGGAAACAAACCCUAAGAUUAUUUUUUUUAACAGCGAUACUGUGCAACAACUGCUGCUUUGUAAAAUUUAUCCCUACAACUUGAUAGAAUAUUAGUAUAAAUCACAUACUGUAUAACCAAUCACCUGAAGAAACUGUUUUACACGGAUACGGGUUAAAGUUCGUUUUUGAAACUAGACAUUCACUACUUGACUUUUGCCCUCCUGUAUCACCCAAAUAGACUGAACAUUUGUCCUCUGCUUUGCAUUUUUCUAUGCUGACUUGUUUCACUUCAGAUUUCUCUUUUACUGGAGAUUCUUUUUCUAAGAUGUCGUCAUUUUGUAGUAAUAUUUUCUGAUCCAUUGAAUGUAUUGUUUGCGGAUAGAUAAAGUUUGUUUCUCGAUCUUCUUCCAUUACUGCUAUUCGCUUUCUCAGCAAAUUAACCUUUUAUAUUGAAAGAAAACAGGACAAAGCUUGAAU